AUGUGCGAGAUUGCUGUUUGUGACAUAUGACUUUGUGGUUUGUGUUGUAUUGUGGGUGUAGGAACGAGGAAGUGGAAGUGAAGAAGAAGAAGAAUCCUUGUGUGUUGAAGUGUUUAUCGUGUAAAUAUUGCCUCGAAUUUUAAAACAAGAUGUCUUUUCUACGAGGCUCAACGAAUUAUGUCUGGUGCACAACAAAUGUGUUGGGGAAAGGCGCAACUGGAGCUGUGUAUCAAGGCGUACAUAAAAAUAAUGGGGAGCCUGUUGCAGUGAAGACAUUCAAUCAGCUGAGUCAGAUGAGACCACCUGAUGUGCAGGUUAGGGAAUUCGAAGUGCUAAAGAAAGUAAAACAUGAAAACAUCGUUAAACUCCUGGCAAUAGAAGAAGAUCAGGAGGGGAGGGGAAAAGUGAUUGUUAUGGAAUUGUGUACAGGUGGCAGUCUCUUUAACAUACUUGAUGAUCCGGAAAAUACGUACGGAUUACAAGAAGAAGAGUUUUUACUUGUACUGGAACAUCUUACAGCUGGAAUGAAACAUCUUCGUGACAAUAAUCUCAUUCAUAGGGACCUGAAGCCAGGAAACAUAAUGAAGUUCAUCACAGAUGAUGGGAGGACUGUAUAUAAACUGACCGACUUUGGCGCUGCACGAGAACUGGAGGAAGACCAACAGUUCAUGUCCUUGUAUGGAACAGAAGAGUAUUUGCAUCCUGAUAUGUACGAAAGGGCUGUUUUGCGAAAACCAGUUGGAAAGACUUUUGGUGCGACAGUGGACCUCUGGUCUAUAGGUGUCACUUUGUACCACGUCGCUACAGGAAACUUACCGUUCCGUCCGUUUGGUGGCAGGAAAAACAAAGAGACAAUGUAUUACAUAACAACUAAGAAGGCAUCUGGAGUUAUUUCUGGAUGCCAGACAUCAGAAAGUGGGCCUAUUGAAUGGGGCAGAGAGCUGCCAGACAGUUGUCAGCUAAGUAGAGGUUUGAAGAAAAUUAUAACCCCCCUCCUGGCAGGUCUUUUGGAAGUGGAUGCACAACGUAUAUGGAGUUUUGAUCGUUUCUUUUCUGAAGUCACAGGUAUAUUAUCAAGGAAGUUAAUUCACUUGUUUCAUGUGAACCGGACACAUUCUGUUAGAAUUUAUCUCCACCCAGAAGAUACAUAUGACCAAUUUCAGAGUUUAAUAAUGGAGCAGACUGAAGUUUCACCUGCAAGCCAGAUUAUCAUCUUCCAAGAGAAGCAUUUACUUACUUAUAUUGAAACCUCUACUUUAGGAAGAGGUUAUCCAAAUACAAGAGAUGAUGAUCCUAUAAUGCUGUUCAGCAGGGAGAACAACAAUGUUACAGCUUAUUAUGAUGUUGAAUUACCAAAGUUUCCAACUUUUCCAAAUUUAGUGUCUGUAGAAAACGAUGCCAGCCUGGCUAAAAGUGCUUGUAGUGUUGGGCAUGCAUACAAAAGGCGCAUAGAAAGGCUUCAUCGCUCUUGUAAACUGACUCACAUGUGUGCAGAACAGUUCUCGGCUGUGGUUUGCCAAUCACUUGACAAUGUUUGUUCACAGGUGGAAAGGGCACAAGAAGUAACUCGACACAUUUUAAACACUGUCUCUACAGCAGACCGUGCACAGCAUUCUGUGAAGGUACUGCUUCAGAUGAUGGGGAAGUCAAUGGAUGAUGCUGUGACAGACUGGCAGCUGGAAGCAUCAGCAGUGACCCGAGAGCUGCAGUCAGGGCUGGCACCAGCGGCAACACAGCUUCGCCGGCGGUGUGUGGCUGAUGGUGCCCUGCGGCGUGAGUGGACUACUGCAGCUGGUGCCCCACCCUCUCCUGGAGCCCCAGCUAGGGCAGCAACACUUGUAUCCCGUUUACGAGAUUCAUGGCAGCAUCUCCUUCGAGACAGAGCAGCACGCAAUCUUACUUAUAAUGAGGAGCAGUUCCAUGCCCUAGAGAGAGUAAAAGUAGCUGAGGCUGCAAAACGUCUGAGGUACCUAUUGGAAAAGGAAGUGUCUCCUGUGCAUGCCCACAUAGCAGAUUGUCUUGCUGAUUGGUACAAGAUGGCACAGACAGUAUUUCUGCAAGCAGAAAUUCUUGCCAAAGAUGUUGCUUGUUAUAGCAGUCGGCUGGAUACAUUUGCUACGCGGCUUCAUGAUGAGGAUACUUCAUUCCACUCUCGAUUGCAAGAGAUUAUUGAGCAAGGGAAGGACACACCUUAUCAGAUGGAACGACGACACCGUUCCAGUUCAGGGCGCUAUGCUGUCUUGCGCAGCAGCCUCAAAGAUGCACUGGCAAUUCAGGAUGAAGUUGCCCAAAUUCUGACUGAGAAUGCUGACUUAGUUAAACAAUUCCAACAGCUCAUUGUCAGCAAUGGCAAAGAUGGGGAUAUCCUGCUGUCAUAAUUUUCUUCAGUCUUUCAUGCUGAAUUUGUGUGGGUGUAUGGUAUGCUAUUGCUAUAAUGUAAUCAGUUACAUAUGAGCUACCAGAAAUGAGAAAGUUUCAGUAGGUAGCUUGCAGCAACAACUCCUCCCUUGUAUUGUCUUCCACGAAGAUUACCGAAGGAGAAUAUAUCUGUAGAACUAACUGUUUGUUGUGGUGUCUGAAGAAAUUGAGUCAUAUAGAGAAGCAGUAUUAAAUCAGUAAGCAGGCAGUGACUGGCUAAUUUUGAAUUGUAGUUAUGGAGCUCCAUCAAGAGACUAGUGUGAGUUGUGAGGGAGUUCCUGUUUUUUGUACUGGCAAUCACAAGUUUCAUAUUCUGUGAGAAAUGAAAAGUUAUUCAGAGUAUUCAUAAAUCAGGUGAAAAACACAUUACAGUAGAAAGUGAUUUUAUUAAAGUUCCUAGAUGGAUGUAAGUGUGACAUAUAGCAAUUUUAUUUUAUUAUGUAAAUAAGAAAUAAAUUUUUUAU